AUGGCUCCCAAGGUUGCUAUCGUCUUCUACUCGCUGUACGGCCACAUCCAGAAGCUGGCCGAGGCUGAGAAGAAGGGUAUUGAGGCUGCUGGUGGCCAGGCCGACAUCUUCCAGAUCGCCGAGACUCUCCCCCAGGAGGUCCUGACCAAGAUGCACGCCCCUCCCAAGCCCGACUACCCCGUUGCCGAGCCCAACGACCUUCUGCAGUACGAUGCCAUCCUGUUCGGUAUUCCCACCCGUUACGGUAACUUCCCCGCUCAGUGGAAGACCUUCUGGGAUGCCUCUGGCUCCAUCUGGGCCACUGGUGGCUACGCUGGCAAGUACGCUGGUCUGUUCAUCUCCACCGGUACUCUCGGUGGUGGUCAGGAGUCCACUGCUAUCGCCUCCAUGAGCACCUUCGCUCACCAUGGCUUCGUCUACGUCCCUCUGGGCUACAAGCACAGCUUCGCUCAGCUGGCCAACCUCACCGAGAUCCACGGUGGUAGCCCCUGGGGUGCCGGUACCUUCGCUGGUCCCGAUGGUUCCCGCCAGCCCUCUGCUCUUGAGCUUGAGAUUGCCGAGAUUCAGGGUAAGGCCUUCUACGAGACCGUUGCCAAGGCCCACCAUGGCGAGUCGAAACCCGAGAACACCACUCCCACCACGGGAGAUACUCAGGAGAAGACUACGCCGUCACAGGGGCAACAAACUACCCAGCCAGCGGUUAAGGAGAAGAACAAGGAAGGACCAUGCGGUUUGCCCAACAAGUGCACCAUGCUCUAG